CAUGAGUGAAAUAACGUAAAGAAUCUUGAUGAAACGGCAAUAGACUUGGCAACAUUUCUCUUAACAAACUUAGAAGCUUUCAGUCCUUGUAAAUUGGCAACAUCACCUUCUUUUCGUUGUCAAGCAAGAUGGCGGAUCAGACAGAGAAAGCGUUUCAGAAGCAGGCUACGGUCUUCCUCAACAAGAAGGGAGGACUGAAGAGGAAAGACAUGAGACAUUCUAAGAAUGUCGGUCUUGGAUUUAAGACUCCGCGUGAGGCGAUUGAAGGCACAUACAUUGACAAGAAGUGUCCCUUCACCGGUAACGUGUCGAUCCGUGGUCGUAUCCUCACCGGAGUAGUUCAGAAGAUGAAGAUGCAGAGGACCAUCGUCAUCCGUCGUGACUACCUGCACUACCUGCCUAAGUACAACAGAUUUGAGAAGCGUCACAGGAAUAUGUCUGUCCACUUAUCUCCGUGCUUCAGGGACGUGGAACUGGGAGACAUCGUGACCAUCGGCGAGUGCCGGCCGCUCUCCAAGACAAUCCGUUUCAACGUACUCAAAGUCACGAAGGGCAAGGGCUCCAAGAAAUCCUUCAAAAAGUUCUAAAUAAACUUAUGUUAUAAGUA